AUGCUGCUUGGAUCCAGCAAACGGACGAACGGUACGAUGUGGUUGCGCAGGAGCGGCUUGCUCCUGGCUCUGCCUCUCGUACAAGCAUUCGAGUGCACCGAAUCGGCCUUUCAGUCCAUUCUUCCCCCGGACGCCUCGAUCAUCUCUGCCACAUCGCUGACGACCAAUUCCACUUUUCACGUGCCGGCGAGCAAUAUCGCAUACCCGACGUCUCCGACCCAACUGCAAGCCCUGUGCGCGAUCGAAGUCAACGUGACCUCCAGUCCCAUCUCCGCAUAUACGUUUGGUCUCUUCCUGCCCGAGAAUUGGAAUCAGCGAUUUCUCGCCGUCGGAAAUGGAGGGUUCGCGGGCGGCAUCAAUUGGCUGGAUAUGGUACGUCUUUGCGACCGCCCUGGAGAGGGUUGGGGGGAAGGGGGAGGGGAAAAGCAAAGUCUUUUGGUCUCUGGGAUUUGAUGAUUGAUGAUUGAUGUUGGGCACAGGGCGCGGGCGUGGGCUACGGCUUCGCCGUCAUGUCGACCGACACCGGGCACAACAGUACCAGCCGCGACGGACGCUGGGCGCUGAACAAGGAGCGUCUGACCGACUGGGGCUACCGGGCCAUGCACGGCUCCGUGGUCCACGCAAAAGGAAUCGUAGCGGCGUACUACGGCUCGAAUGCGACGUGGAAUUACUACUCCGGCUGCUCGACCGGCGGGCGACAAGGUCUCAAAGAAGUCGAAGCGUAUCCGGAAGAUUUCGACGGCGUGCUGGCCGGUGCGCCUGCGUGGUGGACUUCUCAUCUUCAGACGUGGACGGGUAAGCUGGAGUCGUCGGGAGGGGACGAUCAUUGGGUGGUAGCGCGCUCUGUGCUGAUUUUUGGGAAAACAGUGAAGAUGGGACAGUACAAUUCCCCCAACGGAUCGGCGCAUCACAUCCCCAGCGAGCUCUUCCCCGUCAUCGGAGCAGAAGUCCUCAAGCAAUGCGAUCCGCAAGACGGCUUGGUGGACUCCAUCAUCUCGGAUCCGCAAGGCUGUCACUUCUACCCCGAGGCGCUCCUGUGCGGCGCAAAUGUAACGAACCAGACGGCUGCCGGAUGUCUCACGGCUCCGCAGUUGGAUACCCUGGACAAGAUCUGGGGCGACUACGUCGAGACCAACCAGGUAAGUCGAGCGGAACAAUCGUUGACCGUUAGUUCCUUCGCCGUCAGCUUAUAUUGACAAACCUUCCCCCAGACGUUUGUCUUUCCGCACGUGGAACUGGGCGCGGAAGCGCAGUGGGAGACACUCCUGGGUCUAGGGGAGCCGAACAGCCUGGGCAUCGAAUACGUCCGAUACUUCCUCCUCAACGAUGGCACCUGGGACUUCCACAAUUUCGACUACAGCAUUGUCGAGCUUGCGGAUCGGCUGCAACCCGGUGGUGCAACGGCGAGCAACUUCAACAUCUCCCCUUUCCAUGCCCGAGGUGGGAAACUUUUACAGUAAGUUUGAAUCUCGAGACAUACAGUACCUGUCAGCAUCAUGUCUUUCACACACUUGCAAAGACCUCUCGGCGUGCCGUGCCGAUACGAAGGUCCCACGGGGUCGCAAGCAACCCGCUCUGCAAACGUAUACCAAAGCGAAGUACUGAUCACGUGUGGGUCUCCCAUAGCUACCAUGGCCUAGCCGACGCGCUCAUCGCGACGGGUUCUUCGAUUUACUUCCACCGAAAGGUGCUGGAGACGCUGACGCCGAAGGGCAUCGACCUCGACUCCUGGUAUCGCUUCUUUCUAGUCCCAGGCAUGCAACACUGUCUCGGGACGCCGACCGACGUCGACGCGCCCUGGUACUUCGGCGGCGCAAACCAAGCCGCCGCCCUCUCAACGAGCGUCAGCGGCGUGCCUGGCUUCCGAGAUGCAAAGCACGACGCUCUGCUGGCCCUGAUGGCGUGGACGGAGAAUGGGACUGCUCCGGAUGCGAUCAUCGCCACGGCGUGGCAGAACGAGACGUUGCACGACGAGGUGUUGAGGCAGCGGCCGUUGUGUCCGUACCCGCAGCAUGCGCGUUAUCUGGGCCAAGGGGACCCCAACCUGGCGCAGAGCUGGAAAUGCACGAGCGCGUAUGGUCUGACGGAACAGUAG